CCUGUUGGCAGACAUGGCCGACAUUUGUAAACAAUUUUGUUGAAAAAAAUCGUAUAUUGUUAAUAAUUCAUUAAUGAUUUAAUCAUUUAUUCACAUUACCACUAAAGCUUUGGUAAUUCUAAAAUGCCUCUUGGAAUAGACAGGACUAAAUUUUAUGCAGCAAAGGCUCGUGAAUUAGAAGCACAGUCAUUGAGAAAAGAUGAACGUAUAGCCUCGUUAGAGACUGAAAAUGCUAUGUUGUAUUUAAAACUUGCUCAUCUACAUGGAGAAGUUGCAGCAGCUAAAAGAGAAGCAUCAGCUUCAUUUUCUGACCUGGAGAUAAGUGACCAAUUCAAGACCAGCGUCAUUCACAAAUCAGCAAAACUUCGUCAAGAUAUACAGACAGUGAAGCAAGAGCUGGCUAAGGUGAGGGAAGCUGCUGUAGAAAUGCCUGGGCAAUUUCGGCAAUAUUUUCAGCGUGCAUGUACGGUUGUUCAACACCACACUGCAGUUUAUGAAUCAAAUUCUUCAAACAUAACAGUUCUAGCUGAACAAGUGGCACAGCUACAGCAGGCUUUAAAUGAUGUCACAGAGAGACAUGCCAGAGAAAAAAAGAGAAGACAAGAACUGCACAAUGCUCUCAUGGAACUAAGAGGAAAUAUAAGAGUCCAUGGAAGAUUGAGACCUCUUAUGGAAUUUGAUGCUGAAAAUGAAGAUAUAAAUGCUUUAGGACGACCAGGAACCAGAUCAGAAGUUGUUGUGCACUAUGUAGAUGAUGAAAAUAUUUGUGUAAGAACAAAUAAACAUAACAAGGUGUUUGAAUUUGAAAGAGUCUACAAUUCUACUGAAAAACAAGAGUCAGUUUUUGAUGAGGUUCAGCCAAUGUUGACGUCAUUGUUGGAUGGAUACAAUGUUUGCAUAAUGGCAUAUGGACAAACAGGAAGUGGCAAAACUCACACAAUGCUUGGCAGCCAUCGCAAUGAUGAUUACAACCCCAGCCACGACCCUCACCCUGAUGAAGGGGUCAUACCUCGAGCAACUAGAGAGCUCUUUAGAUUAAUAGAAGAAAAGCCACUAGGGACUCACACCAUUGAGGUAUCUGUAGUGGAGGUGUACAACAAUGACAUCAGGGAUUUACUCAGCAGAGAUCCCAAUGCUAAACAUGAUGUGGUCACUGGGGGAGAUGGUCAGCUGAGCAUACCAACCGUCACAUCCAAGUCUGUUGACAAUGUGGAUGCUGUGAUGAGCCUGGUCCAGUAUGGUCUAAAGACACGUAAAGAGUCGGCCACUCUGGUGCAUGAACAUUCUAGCAGGUCCCACCUCAUUGUCACCCUAACUGUCACAACUAAAGCACCCAGCUUCUUCGCCAAAUCAGCCACACUAGACACUGAAGCUAGCCCAGCUGUCAGCCUGGCCAAAAAAGGGAGAUCAUCAUCCCAAACAUGGACCAAUGAGCCAACAGCCAAUCAGCAGCCUGUCAUCAGGACCAAGCUACAGCUAGUGGACCUUGCUGGAAGCGAGUGUGUGGGCAUGUCUGGAGUUAAAGGGGCAGCACUACGAGAGGCUUCCAACAUCAACAAAAGUUUAUCUGCCCUUGCUGAUGUACUGGGGGCACUGGCUGAACACAGGACACAUGUGCCCUACAGAAACAGUCGGCUGACACAUUUCUUACAGGAUUCUAUAGGUGGAGAUGCCAAACUUCUGGUGCUGCUGUGUGUCUCACCUGCCCAGCGCUACAUCACAGAAUCCCUCCAGUGCCUGGGCUUUGGACAGAGGGCUCGACAAGUCCAGCGAGGGCCCACUAAACGAAGACUUCCGUCAUCGGCUGAGAAAGUUGCGCCAGACAGUUCUGGUGGACACCCCAGACCAAGCUCAGCUAACAGAUAACCAGAUCCUGCUGUAAGAAUUGUCAGCAUUCUGUGUGUACCCAUUUAGCUACACUGUGAUAUUUUAAUGCAACACUGUCAUGCCAGUUUGUGAUUUGUAUACCAUAUUUUAUGUGUGAUAUUUUAAUGCAACACUGUCAUGCCAGUUUGUGAUUUGUAUACCAUAUUUUAUGUGUGAUAUUUUAAUGCAACACUGUCAUGCCGGUUUGUGAUUUGUAUACCAUAUUUUAUGUGUGAUAUUUUAAUGCAACACUGUCAUGCCAGUUUGUGAUUUGUAUACCAUAUUUUAUGUGUGAUAUUUUAAUGCAACACUGUCAUGCCGGUUUGUGAUUUGUAUACCAUAUUUUAUGUGUGAUAUUUUAAUGCAACACUGUCAUGCCGGUUUGUGAUUUGUAUACCAUAUUUUAUGUGUGAUAU